CUGGUUGUUGGGAGCUCCGGGUCACCCGCGUGUUUUCUUCAAUGCGUUGUAUGUAGAAUUUGUAUCAGAAGUAGAGUAUUUUUCUGCUUGCUGAGUCGGACGCCACUGUCAGUCACACACACGCAAUCUACCAACUCUUCUUUAAUAACAUAUCCACAAGCUAAAUAGAAAUUAUCAACAGCUGAUGAUCGACUCUGCAAAUUGUAUUCAUCCAUUUGUUCACUGGGGUCAGUCAGAAGAAUAUGUAUUUCUUUCAAUUAAAGUAGCUAAUGCAAAUGUACGUCUGUCUAAUCUUCAGUUUUACAAUGGAAUUUAGGUUGAUUCCAUUGUUAUUAAAGAAGAAGAAUUUAGCUUUUCAGCAACAAGUUUUGGGGCUGAUGGUGUUAAGAAGUAUGAAUUUAACAUGGUCUACUAUCUUCCAAUAAUUCCUGAAGACAGUCGGUAUGUUGUAACCAGUAUGGCAGUGAAUAUCAAACUGAAAAAGGAGCUGAAAGAUUCAUGGCCAAGGUUGACAUACAGUAGUCAACGUUUACCUUGGGUUCGUCCAGACUUUGAUCGUUAUCAAUUCCAAGAGUCUGAUUUGGAAGAUGAUGAAGAUGGUAUCAAAUUGAAUGUAGUCCAUCCAUCAAAAGAGGAAAGAGAUAAACACAAUUUAGAGCAGAUGAUGUUGCAGGAUGAAGAAGAGUGGGAAGCAUUUUUGAAUUUGAUCAAGAAUCCAUUGACAAUAUAUUUAUUCCUGUUUAACAUUAUUCAAUUUGCUGGCUACCUUUACACUUGUGGAGCUUUACUCUAUGGAUUAAUACAAUAUAAAGAAGUGGAGAAAAUACCAUUCUAUGAUUGGGUUAUUGAUCGACUGUUUUUAGUACAAAUUUUAGCUAUAUUAGAACCUUUGCAUGCUAUAUUAGGUUGGAUUCAAGGUGGAAAUGUUGUCGCUUCAUUUUUUCAAGUGUUUGGUCGUUCUCUAGUCUUAUUUUUCAUCGUUCUACCACAUCCCCAAUUUCAUUCAGAAUCUACAACUUAUUGGUUAUUCUUAGCAUGGAGUCUUUCUGAUGUUAUUAGGUAUUCAUAUUAUAUACUAUCAUUAUUAAGUUUUCAAAAUGGACUCAUCACUUAUUUACGUCAUACACUAUGGAUAAUUUUAUAUCCAAUUGGAUUUAUAUGUGAAGGUAAACUAAUAAUUCGAUCAAUUCCACUGUUAAAAGAAUCGCAAAGAUUCUCUUUGGCACUGCCAAAUAUAGCAAAUAUCAGCUUUGACUUCCCGAUAUUUCUACAAGUUUACUUAUUAGCUAUGUCAUUUGGAUUCUACUAUCUAAUGAGACAUCUGUAUGUGAAACGACGGAAAACAAUUGGUCCACGACCUAUUAAAGGUGCUGAUCAAAUGGGAUUUUUCUCUUUUCUACCCUAUCUACAUUCAUUAGUUCGUGGUUCUGAGAAAAAAAGUAUUAGCGGGGAAAAGAAAUUUAUCAAAGGUCGUAAAGUACCUAAACUAGCUUGAUUCUUAUAUAAUUCAUGUCAUAAUAUCCGUGAUAUAUAUAUACAUGGGUCAAAUAUUCCUCAAGUCAAAUGUGACGUAAUUCCAGUAAAUAUAUAAACAUAUGCAUAUCUAUGUAUGAGGUUGUAUUUGAUAAAAAUUGUCAACAUGUUGUUAUUAGUUAAAU